AGUGCUUUGGCCAGUCGCGUUCCCAAUCACUCUACGACUAGGUAGUCCCCCGGUGUGUCCCAAAGAAGCGGCGAGCAGCUGGGUCCUUCGGUUCUCGACGGUGGUCGGCGCGCCAAGAUAAUACAACGCAGGACAUUCUAAACGCGCGGACAUCGUCUCAUCGUUUUCAUCGCAAUUCCGCGACCGCGUGUUACACGUAUAUAGGUGAAUUUCGGUCACUUCCGCCGAAUUUUUCCUUCCGUUUUGUUUUUUUUCCUGUUUUUCACCGUCGUCGUUCCUUUCGCUCUCGACCGACGAGAAAAUAUACAUCGUUCUCGCACGGAAUAAGUAAACGAAACAAAAAAAAGUGUGCGUUUCUCUUUUGUUUUAUAUAUAUAUAUAUGUAUAUAUAUACAUAUAUAUCAGUCGGAAGGCGACGUUACGGAGGACACAACAAGGCGGAAAAAUAGUGCGCGCCCAUGCGUGUAUCGACGGGAUCGCGAGUACGCGUUACGGUGAUCCAGUUACCCGCGUUCUACACGAGGAGAAGAGGAAACGGGAGACUCCUUGAAGAGAAACGAUCCACGGUCACGGUGUGAGUGAUGCCACGGGAUACGCGCUAUUAAACCUCACCCGACGUUCUUCAUCAUCCUCGUCGAGUCACGGGAGGUCAAGGAAUUCGCGCGUAAUUCAAGGCGAUCGACGAAACCGACAGUUUGCAAUCCUGAAGAAGAUAGCGUGACAGAUAGCGGAAGGAGCGCGAAGAGGAAAGUGCGCCACAUCAGUUCGGUACGAGUUAAAGAAGAAGAGUGAGAAGAGGUUUCGAACGCGCGAGGCAGAGUAGAUUUUACGAUUUUCCCGAUUUCCCCGCGUGUCUUCGAGAUCGUCGGCGAUCCGCGGUGAUCUCUGUGAGACUGCGUGAAGAAGAAAAAUCGGAGAAAACUCUCACGUCAGUGAAAUACGCAAUCGUCCCGCAAAAUACGUCACUGCGCGACCGCUUUAACGUCCCGUUUAUUUGUGAGAAAUUCUACGCGCGAUUCGUCCAACUUCCGCUGCCGGAAGAGAUUGUAAAGUACAAGUUGACAUCGGACGGCAGCGACUCGGAAAAACAGAAAGGUGAAACGGAAGGAGACAGAGCGCGGGAGUAGAAAAGAAGAGCAACCGAGUACGCGCGUCAUUCUCUUGCGAUAUUUCGGCGCGGCUGGAAGAAUCGGCGGAAGUCGGAGGCGAAGGUUUCGCUCUCUUCAACGAAAUCGUCAUCGUCGUCGCAUAGAACCACGGGGGCUCAGCAUCGACGACAAGGACGCCGGGCAAAGGAGGUCCGACACUUCACUUCUCGCUUAGCGAUCAAGGCAUAACGGCGAUAACGAGGCCACCGCCGCGGGAUUCGGUCAAUUGGCACCGCGCGUCGUCGGUGAACGAUGAUAUUUAACUGCGAGACGCGUGCCGCACAGUGACAGCCGGUGCGGGGGAAAAGGACCGGAAGAUCCGCCAGACCGCAGAGAGAACCAGAAGCUUCGGAGAGGAUGGUGGUUUGAAAUCGGCGGCACCGGAAAGAGGCGACGCACGUGAGAGCGAUUCUCUGAUAGAUCCCACACAGGUGAAUAGAAACCAACGAUGGUAGAUACACAACAUUUCUGUCUGCGAUGGAAUAAUUACCAGAGCAGCAUAACCUCGGCGUUUGAAAAUCUGCGGGACGAUGAGGACUUUGUGGACGUGACGCUGGCGUGCGACGGCAAAAGCCUGAAAGCACACCGCGUCGUUCUCUCCGCCUGUAGUCCGUACUUUCGAGAAUUGCUCAAGAGCACGCCGUGCAAGCACCCAGUAAUAGUGCUCCAGGAUGUGGCGUUCAGCGACUUGCAUGCCUUAGUGGAGUUUAUUUAUCACGGCGAGGUGAACGUGCACCAGCGUUCUCUUAGUAGUUUUCUAAAGACCGCAGAGGUCCUCAGGGUAUCGGGCCUCACGCAACAGGCCGAACAAACCGACAGAGACGAGCUGUCCCAUGUCCGUGCAUUGGCGUCCGGCGGUAACCACCUGCCGUUCCACGAGAAGUUGGAGGAGACUUUUCCUCGCGGCGGAUCACCGCCUACACCUGUGACCCCGACGCCUACAACGGUACAGCAGCUACUGCGCCGAGCCCAGAUACGUCGCAACGAAAGACGCACCCCGGACCCGCACGAUGAAUCGGCGAAGAGACCGCGAGUGCCGUCGCCGCCGCUCAACAACAACGACGCCACGCCCACGGACUUCUCAAUGGUCAAGAACAAUCACCUGUCGACGAAGGUGGAGGGCAAUGGGGUGCACGACGAGAACAGCCUCGUCGAGGACAAUAUAAAGUGCGAGCCGCUGGAGCUGACCGGCGGCAACGGCGGCGGCGGGGGUGGCGGUAACGCAGGGAAUAACGAGGACUCGUCGGAUUCCGGCGCCGCGGCGUCGGACCGGCCGCCCGCGUCCGCGAGCAGCAACGAGCACGAGCCCGAGCCGGAGCACACGUCCGCGCAGAACUUCCUACCGGAAAGCAAGCUCUUCACAUCGACGCCCGGCAGCUUCAACUUCAGCAUGGCGGCACUCACCACCGAUCACACGCCGCUGUCAGUGAAAUUUCCAGGAUUGGGCCAUGGCUUGCAAACACCGGACCUAGCGGGCACUUCGCAAGGUACGGGCAACGGGAUGCAUCCGGCACCGACGGCGCCUCCCACUGUCGUGUACCAAAUGCCACCACCCACGGCGGGUGGCAUAAACGAGCCUCAGGAAUGUCCGUACUGCCGUCGUACGUUUUCGUGCUACUACUCCCUCAAACGCCACUUCCAGGACAAACACGAGCAAUCGGACACGCUCUACAUUUGCGAGUUCUGCAAUCGUACGUAUCGUACGAAAAACUCGCUGACGACGCACAAGAGCCUGCAACACCGCGGCACCAGCGGCGUGCUCAAGCGGCUCCUCAAGGCCUCGGCGAUCAAGAACGUCCUCGGUAGCAUGCAUCAUCAGAUGCAGAUGCAGCAACAACCGCAAUGAAAGCGUCGGAAAAAUCAAAGCCUUCCCGCAUGCCAAGACCGUCUGCGUCGUCGUCACCGUCGUCGCCACUGUCUUCGCCGUCGCCGUCAUCGUCGCCAUCAUCGUCGUUUCUUACACCAUUCGCUCGGCCGAUAUCAGUCGAACGGCGCACAGUUCGACUGAGCAGCUGAGGCCGAACGAUCGAAAACACGGAAGUACUACUACCUUGCGUCCCGAGACGCUCCCGUGCUCGACUCGAGUUGAACUCAAGUCAGCUUGAAUUAUAUGAUUGAGCUAAUCCUUUUUUGCUGUAUCUGACACCGAUCUGUGAUGUAGAAGACGUCAGGAUCGUUGAGGAAAGUUGUCCUAAGUUGUCGGUGCAACUCACGACUCGCGCAAAAGUUGCUUCGCUCGGAGCGUAAAUAUCUAAAUUCUGCACUACUGAUUUGCAAUCUAAAUUGAGGAAUCGUCGAUAACAAUUAGUUAACUGAAAUCGAUAGAUUAAGUUGAUGUGCACCGACAACAAUUUGGACUAAUUUUGUUUCCCCGUCUGCGUUUUGAUUUAUAAUCGAGAAAAAGACAGCAAACCGGAAUUAGUUUAAUCUAGAAGCAAUUUAACUCGCUAAAUUGUUAAAUUGCAGCAAAAUUCCCCGUAAUUUCAACGACUCAUUUACCCUUAUCGUAUUUGCAGAGCAUACAAUGCCUAAUGAUCAGCAACGUGAUCGCAUUAAUGGGAAACGGAUGAGAGAGAGAGAGAGAGAGAGAGAAUGAGAGAGAAAAAGGGGUACACAGAAACCUUAAGUUAGAAUUUGAAUCGCGAACGAGUCAGUCUGAUCCAAAUUUCGGUUUCUUCUAGUUUUCCCCUCCGCUUUUCCGCGGACACACCACGGUUCUUCUAGUUUAGGCUCGCCGUAGCGUUAUAAUUUUUCUUCGUCAAGACUGCAAUGAAUCCAAAGAAGGACAAUUUGACUGAGAAGCAUGUAGUUCGACUGAAACGGAAGGAAGGAAAGGAGACUCGAGCGUUAAGGUCAGUGCGCGAAGCGAAAACACACAUUCCAUUUGUCAGCGAUCAGAUCGCUGUACGUUCAUGACUCGAGUUGACCGCAUAACGGUCGCUUCUCCGGCAAGAUUUCGAAACGAUGGAUUUUCGAACGCGCGGCACGAAUUUCCAGCGUUAUCGCGCCGCGACAUUUUUAGCUUUAACGUUCUCCGAAGCGGACGGGACGUUUGGGGAAGGGGAACAGGUCUUCCGGAGAUCGUUUUCGAGAUCGAAUUUAUAUUACAGAUGGAAUUCUUCUAUGUCGGUGCUAUCGAGAAAUAACGCCUAACAAUUUCCAUAUGGACAAUGCACGCCGAACCGUCGGAAUGAAUAUCAAUGCGUGUUCCGUGCGAUCCGCCUCGCGCGUCGCGAGUUUCGAGCAAGCGUGUUGCGCGUGAGCGGAAACAAUUCGUAAAACGAUGGGAUUAGUGGCGUGCCUUGUCGAGCGUAGAGCGAACAAUUUAACGUGUUGAUCUGAGAAUACGUUUGAACUGUCGAAUUGCGCGAAUAAACGGGCGAACCAGGGAGACAAUCGAGCGUGAAACGAGAUCGUGAAUCCGGCGUCGGAAUCAUUCACGCGGUCCACACGAUCACAACACACGCGUGUGCAUGCCGAAUGCACUUUCACGUGCGCGAAUCACGAACGCGCCAAGGUCGGUACAUAUAUAUAUAUAUAUAUCGAUUUCGAGUAGACGCGAAGCGAUGACGUUAGGCCUAACGGCGAAAUGACGCGCGAGGAUGCGCGUGACAUCAAUGCAUCCGUACGUGCGAAAGUUGACGCGCUGAUCGGUGAAAAGUGAUCACAACAACGGCAGCAAUCGAGGUCGAGGCACGUUGCGAUCGAACGUCGCAGAAGCCGCCGAUUAGCGUCGAAGGAAAGAGGGGGAGAACGGAAAAUCGGUUUUACGAGAUGAAAGAAGAGAGAGAGAGAGAGAGCGUAGACGCGGAGAUGGUAGAGCUAUAUCAUGGGUUCUUAACGUGUAUAUGUAGAUUCGUCGUAUGUGCGCUAAAUACAAACUAUAUUUUUAACUCUUUAAAAGUAAUAUUUUGAACUGUAAAUAUAUUAUAUUCGUACGAUACAUCGAUAACGAUGAUAUUCUCCUGUUCAGAUUUUAUAAAAAUCGGCAUAGUCCUUACAUAGAUAUCUCGUGAAUGGGCGGAGCAGUGCUACGGAGCUUUAAUUCUCUUGCAUUUUUUGUUUCUUUUCGCGAACAAAACUAUUUCUACAACGCGCGUUUCUCUCCGUUAUAAUGGCGCCAAGGAAAAUUCUUCUGUUUACAUUCCGUUUAUUUCCCCGUUACGUCGCGAAACAAGCGAAUCGAACUCUUUAAAUGGUUGAAAUAACUUGAGUGAAUUUAUGAGAAGUUAUGGAACACUGCUCCGCUCCUCAAACUUUAAUAUAUCCAUAUUAACAAAUGUACAAGAAAAGAAGAAACCCUAAAAGUUGUUCAUCGUAACAUAUUCAGGUUUAAAACUCAGCGUAGAGAAACGAGAAAAUGUUGAUGUUUUAUCUGUAAGGCGAAAAAAGGAAAUGCCAUAAUAAUUAAUGAGCAAGUACAAAUUAUCGUGGAAAAUAUAAAUUAUGUCUACGUCUAACUCUUAGGAUGCGUAGUAUCGGAAAGGGAAUAUUUAAUGGAUGCGCGGAAUAAGGAAAAAAAAAAAAGAGAAACACGGGGAUGGACAUGGCCUGCCUCGAGUUUCAUUCGUGGCCGGAGAAGGUGAAAAGAUUAAAAGAAAAAGGGAGAUGAGAAAGAGAGAUAGAGAGAGAGAGAGAGAAAGAGAAAAAAGGAAAAGGGUAAGCACGAGUUUCCAAACAUAUCUUCGAAGUGUGAAGUAUACUGUGAAAAAUAUACGAUUUUAGAUAUUUAGCUAUCUCUACCGAGAGAGAUUUUAUAAUUAUUACAUAUACAUUCUUAAAUCGGUAGACCGAUCCUCGAUGACGUUUGGUCAGGGCAUAAUGUGGAGAACACGAUAUCGAUCGAAUGAAGCAGCGGCCGAGAUUCGCGAAAGCGUUUUUGUUUUUUUUUUCUUCUUGAAAAAGUCACUUUUGACCUGCUAAGAAGGCGCGAUUGGUUAGUGAAGAAAAAAUUGAUCCUAGUCAUUCCGGAAAUUUUUGUGAUUCUGUGAUAAUCGGGGAGCGUGGCAUCAAACGAUUCGACAAAAGAAACAGAGAGAAAGUGAGACCAAAAAAAGGAAAGAAACGUAUGUCUGUUCCACAUUAUGAUCGCCGGGCGUACUCUUAAAAAAACUCUUCUAGCGACGAAGAAAGGAAAAAAUUAAUAAUUGAUUAUUAAAUAAUGUCGGGAAAUUUCUGUGAUGUUCUUCGGUUGGUAUACUAGCGCGACUGCUAAAGCUAUGUGAACAGAAAAAAAAAAAAGUAUACGGAAUUUAUGUCGAUGUUCGGUGUUGUAUGAUGUAUCGUAAGGGGGCGAGACUGUAUCGGGACAAAUUUCAUCGCGUAUUACUUCGAAAAUUUCGAGAUGGGGUGGUAGUAGGGAUAGGGUGGCGGGCAACCGUUGAUCAAUCUGUCGAUCUAGUAAAAAAAAAAAAAUUUACUCUUUCACAGCAAAUAAUUUUGCUUUAAACACAUCUAUCGGCGUUCACGAUUAAUCGACGAAACGUAAAGGACGAUCAAGGUUUGAUCCGGCAAUUUUGAUUUCCCUUAUUUCUCGUGGUUUCUAAAAAAAUCCGCAGAUAUUUUCCUCUCCGCUGACGCGCACGACAUAGACGCGUCCAGUGUGAUCAGCCGUUGCCAUUCAUCGCAGAUAGACUUAGUCUAGUGUAAACGUCUAGCAAACGUCCGCAUACGCGUGUUGGGUGGAUAGAUAUGUGCGCACGAGUGUAUAUGCGGACGUGUCGCGCGUGCUCUCGCUCGCAAUCACGUCCGCGUGUACAUGAGGCACGUAACUGUUGCAGGGUAACGACCCAUUACACGCCGAGGCGAGCCGAAGCGACGACAGAGAAAAACAGAAUGACUAUAGAUUAUUUAUCGGUAUGUGCCAAGGUCUCGAACCGUUUACACACGGACGAAAUUUUAGGUAGGUACGCGCCCCGUCUCUCCCGUCGAGGAGGAAUAUUAUCAAUAUUAAUAAUUAAACGCUAAUCGUUUUAGGAUAUAUAACGAAGGUACGAUUAAAAAAAGAAGGAAAAAAAUAUUACGGGAAAUUUUUGGGAUUUUUAAUGUGUGAAUCUUUCGUCUCGUAUAUAUGAUUUAUAUAUAUAUAUAUCGUAAGGGGAAUCGGGAAAAAAAUUGAGAAGCAGCGACGCGGCGAAAAUAUUUUCGAGUCUAUCUAAAUGUUAUCUUUUGCUCGCAUCCUAUGUAAUAAUGUGCGUGUAUAUAUUAUACAAGUUGUAAGAAACCGCGUAUAUUUCCGACAUGAGAACGAGAGGACUGACUGUAACUUACACCGACGUGUAACUCAGCAGGAUCUACUAUUGCGGCGGUAGGGUGCGAUGUGUGUGUAGCUUCAAGAAAAAGAAAAAAAACCGCGAGGGUUUACUGUUUACUUAAAAUUACUCGUUUUCGCGCGAUUCGCCUGUCGACCGGCGACAGAAAUGGUGCAAUCUCAUCGUCAGCAGGCUAAAACAAUAUAUCGUAAGCAUUGAAGACAGGAAUGUUCUUCCGGAGUGUUCACACGCUGGUGUUCGCCAUACUCGCACUGUCAACAGCUUCCUUUUGACCCGUUUAAAAAGAAAAGCCAAUUCUAAGUUAGUCACCCAUUCUUCGACGAACGGGUUCUAUAUAAGUUAUAUAAAUUCGAAUCGAUACAACUGAAGAGGUCAAGUUUACUUCCUGGCGCUGUGACGAAAUACUUUGAUACGCGAAUUUACUUUUGAGAAGGCUGAUUUUUGUAACGUAUAAUUGUCAAUUUAUUUAAAGACUCAAAUUUAUUUCUACUAGUUUCCUCGUUUUUUUAAUUCCUAUUUUUUAGAGGAAUCGACUGAUUAGAUUUUUUCUUUUUUUUUUUGAUUGGUUUAAAGUUUUCUUUUAUCAUGUGAUAUUAUAUUACCAAAGAGCAUCGAGAAAACUUUGUAAAACUUUCUCUGACGCGAGUGGUAUUUAUCUUGGAAAGUGUAGAAUCGCGAAUGCCGCAUCUAUAACACAUCCAUAAUUUUCCACCGAGAAUCAAAUUACGAUUUCGAUUUCUCCAUCUAUUUUAUAUCUUUGAUAAAAAUGCAAUUUGUUAGUUUUUAUCAACUAGCAAGCCGAUAUCAAGAAUGGCGAUUCGUAGUUCUUGUGAGAGGAAUAUCACGACAGUCCGGGAAAGUUGUAAAUCGAUUAUUUUCGAUAGAAACACUCUUCGGUUUCAAUGAAAAGAGAAAAGAAAUUUUAUUUCCAAAAGGGGGAUCAAACGGAACUAUGAAAGAAGCACAAAGAGAAGUACAUCAAUGCUAAUUAAUAAAAUGAAAUAGCGAUGUAAUUAUAUGAACUU